AUGACGACUACAGCGGUGGCCACAUCAGAGUCGGCGUCAGCUUCCACGGCUGAGACGGAACAGACGGCGACCACCGGCGACGACGACAGCGGCAGCGGCGACCGGUCGCGGCGCGAGACGCCGCGCUCGGACGCGCCUCCGGCACCGACGUCUGCCGGCACCGAAGCGCCGCCCGCGGCCACAGAGGCGUACUACGACUCCAGCGUCAGCUCCGUGACAGACGCCACUGCGUCUUCCGGCUACGCGGAGGCCUCCACCGCCACCGGCGUCGAGGAGAGGCGGGACGCAGCUGUCCCGGAAGCGACGCCGCCGUCUCCGCCACCUCCCCCGUCAGAGGACGCGGGUGGCGGCGGCGGGGGAAGGCGUAUGUCGCCGCGCCUUACGACGGCGUCGGCCGUGACGCAGGCGGCGUCGGGAGUGGCGGAAGUGGCGCCAGUGUCGACUCGGGCGAGCACGGUUCGGCCGGGCAGCACGACUGGCGCCAGCGCGGCGCGGACAGCGGAGGCGGGCCAGCAGGAGGUGGAGGCGGCGGACCCGCUCCAGUACGAACCCGAGGCGCCUCCCCCACACAGCGGCCGCAAGAGGCGGCUGCAGAGGCCCCAGGAGCGCUCCGGCAGCGUCUACCCCUACCUGCUGAGGGUGCUCGGCUAG